AGGAGAAAAUGAAAUGAUGUGGAAACGAAAAGCAUCGCAGCUCUGAUCCGAACACAGCAGCAUCAUUUGUUUUGGUCGUGGGGUUUUGCAGAGAGCUGACUGUGUACCUGACUGAUCUUAGGUAGAAAGCUUAUUAGUUUUACAAUAACAUAUCGUGCAUAACCAAGACAUGGCACAUGAAAUCUUAUCAGAGUUUAGUUAGCAAGUAUCUGUCAGUAAUGUAGCCGAUUUCCUGUCGGAGAAACUUGCAGUAAUAACACGGCGCAAUAGUCAGUCGGUUGUGUGUAGCUAAGCAUCCCUCUGGGUAUUUUGGUAGGUAGGUAUUUCAGUAUAUUGGACUUUAUAUACCCAUAGUGUCGCUGAGACGGUAGCUAGCUAGCUAAACCUUUCCUAACGGGACACUGAUUUCCAUUAAAUCCCUCAAUAUACUCCUAUACUUCGCUUAGCUAGUUAAGGUAAUGAGCAGUUCAUCGUUUCGGUAAUAAGCUGUACGGUUGAGCCAGGUUUACGUACAGGAUCCUGUUAAAAUGUUUAUAAUUAGUUUAAUUUCAAUUUGGCUGUUAUUUCGUCCUCCAUUGCGACAGAUAGUCUUCGGUAUAUGUACUGUACAAUACGAUCCUACUACCAGCUGUAAAUGCAGUGAAUGUUUAGAAGUUGGGCACCUUUGCAGUAUUUGCAUUGUGGACUUAAAUGAUUUCGAUCAUGAGCUGCUAGCUCAUCCAUUCACAUCAGCUGUCUUCUCUGUGAAUAUCAAUGACCCUUUUGGGGGUCGAUGGAGGAGAAGGCCGUCAGCAAGCCUACCAUGGUCUCCAGGCUCCCCAAGUUUGGUGUCCGCCCUGAGGCUGGCCUGGCCUCUCAGCCGCACGGAUCUUGCCAGUCGGCUCCCAGUAACGAGGGGAAGGGCACUGGCUUGAAGAGGCCCAACGGAAUGGUGCGUAUUCCCUCGUUUUCACUGAAAUGGAAGAAGGAGGGAGCUACUACCCCUCCCAAUCCUGAGGAGGUCGUAUCAGAAAUGGGUGAAGAGGGUAAAGAACGAAAGGUGAGUAGCACGAGGGAGCUUAAGAAGCCGUCCUCUGCAGCCGCCGUGGUGCAACGGCAGGCUUUGGCUACGUCAACCACGAACGCAAAGCCUGCCCAGAUGGUCCCCAAAGCAGACACCCAGCCAGCAGCUAAACCGACCCCUAGCGGGAAGUUCGGCAUGAAUGGCGUGAGCAGCAGCGGGGUCAAAGUUCGUGCUGGGUCGGGCCUGCCCCGCCCAAAGGUCGGCUCCAGCUCUGCCCAAGCUGGGUCCCAGUUAAGUGACAGCUUGAAGUCCCUCCCGCCGGACCCUAUGGUCCGCUCUCAAAGCUUCUCCCACUUCAACCAGUCGUCAUUGCCCACCGCCCCGCCGAUGACGCGCUCCUUCUCCUUCAACAAGGCCGUAGAGUUGGCCAAGCCACCGUCGAGCAAGCAGACACACUCCCCGAUGCCUUUGAAAUCCGGUCUUGCUUGCGGUAGGGGAUCCAUGACCAGGCUAGCCGUGCCAUCCAGUGGGGUGACCCCUACUGGCCACCUGAAGAAGCCGCUCCUCCCAGGAUGUGCGCUUAGCAGACCCACGGCUCUAGGCUUCAGACUUCCUCGACCUUCUCUCAUCCAUAUUCCACGUCCACUCUUAGCUGGGAAAGAGUGCAUUGAUACCACACCCGUAGACCAAGGCAUGGACUCCAUAGAGACACCUUUGACAACCUCAGAUACCCUGAGUGACCAGGAGGGGGUGCUAGCACCUAAGAGUCAGUCCAGGGGUGACCCGGCUUCACGAGAACCGGAACUCCAGACGCGCUGUCUGGGAGAUCGGCUAGAAGACAUGUCGCUCUCGUCCGCCUCCUCGCUGGAGCACAACGACACCAGCGAAGAGUACCUUGACGACUUUGAUACCCUGGGGAACGGUGGUGGCACGCUGCUGCUUCCUGUCCAUGAGGGAAGGCCGCUUCAGCCACAAGCUUACUCUACUGAUGACGUCCCCGACAACAGGCAGCGAGGAGCCCCCGCUCAGGGACACCCCUGCGACUUCCUGUCAGAUGACCAUGCCGGUGGUAGAGAGAGCUAUGCGGCAUGUCCUGCUCCGCUGAGCCUUUCCCCGGUGGUCGACAUCCCACAUGCCUCGUCUCUGGAGCUCUCCCCAUCCAACAGCUCCGGUGGCAUUUACAUGUGGGAUGAGGAAGGCCUCGAGCCUCUGGGUCCAUCCACGCACCUCUGCGGCAGCUACGACUCUGACGUUAACAGCAUGGACAUUCUUAACAACUUGGACAACUUGGAGUCAUGUGACUUGGAUGACGAUGACCUCAUGCUCGACGCAGACCUCCCAGAGGAUGGUUCUCUGUGUAGCGAUGCUGACAGAAUGUCGCAGGCUGAACGCUCAGAGAGGGGGGGCAGGCAAGGACACUGGAGGAGACGUCAGCAUCGCUGGAACGGGCCUGACCACUUUCAUAAUGACAACAGAAGCAGUGGGUUUCAGCCUUUGGAUGGGUACCAUGGGGCAGCGAUAGGCCGCGUUGGGCCCCCCCGACAAAAGUACAGUCCACAACCUGAUGGUCACAUGGGGGGGUUUGACGAAUCAAUGCUGCAGCACAUGGCCCAAGAUUGCUCCUCCGUCAAGACGCAGCUCCUCAGGCUAAAGAACCUUCUGCAGAUGGAGAACGGGGUCAGCAUCCACGACGCUGUUCCGCCAGAACCGCCGAACCCAGAACCAAGUGAGAACUCCAGCUGUGCCGCACAGGUGGAGGAGCUGAGGAGGGAGGUGCAGGAGCUCAGGGAGGAGCUGUGGAAAAAGGAGAAGACUAUCGCUCAGCUGACGCAGCAGCUAUCAUCCCGUGCCGAGCCAUCUAGGUGUCGCUGCCAGCAGAGGGCGCUGGCACCCAGGACGGAGAGACGUAUGCAUCACGAUAAGGGCACGCAGACACCCUGGAGAGGACAAGCUCCUCAAAUACUACAGUCUUCCAACCCAGCCUGCCACACAGAACACCUCCAGCAGGAAAAGCUGCCAAGAAUAGCCCCCACAGAGGACCCCAGUGAUGGCCGUACUGAAACCAAGGGUGACAAACUGCCCCAAGGCUUGACCCCGUCACCCCCCAGCGCCGCUAACACUGACGCAGUCCUCCCCACGCCUGAUGCAGAUGAGCUCAGCUUACUUCUCAGCAUGCACCUCAAAAUCAAUGACCCCGAAGCCCCUCCUGAUACACCAAGGGCUACAGGGACGGCCCUCGUCCCGGGUCCACGGCAUCCACCAAUCAGAGUGCUGCCUACGGAGAUCUCCGCCAGCCCCUUUGAGGGAGCGCACCCGGGCCGCCGGCCUCGCAUCCUGCAGUCACCACGUUUCCACAGUAGGGUUUGCAUCCCAACCCUGAUGCGAGAGGCGAUAGCUCUUCCCGAUGGCAGGUUGGGGAGUGGGGCUACGGGACCUGGGGAUAGGCAAGGCUCCGUACCAGGCCACGGGGGCACACGGCUACCGACACCAUCGUGGGGACUGCCCAGCUUCAGCUAUGCUCUUCAGGCUUCAGGCCCCGGUCCAAACCCUCCAGGCCCUACUCAGGCUUUUAGACAUGUAAGGGGCCGUUGUCCAGAGGAUGCAGAGGGGAACUUCCAGCAUACCGUAGCGGUAACCCCCUCUUACCACUCUCGCCUUCCAAAGCCAAAGACACAUUGACCUUCUUGGCUGACAUGGUUAUAAACCACCACACCUUAUUGCGAGUGAUAUAGUUUAACUACCUGUGCUCGAAUUUGUAGAACCUGAAUGCAGUUGUGCAGUUUUUGGUUUAAUCUAUAACCUUUAAAAUAAUAAAAUGUCGGCUGCUUAAGUACACUUAGAUGCAGGUACAAACAUGAGGCAUUUCAGUACUCUCUGGAAAAACCAUAAUACUGACAUCUUCAAGUUGAACAUCAGUACUGCGCAUUUCAGUGCAUACCGCGAAAUAUGAACUGCUGAAGGCUCGCUAUUGCGAGUGGUCACUGCAGUACGACCAGCCUGGUUAAAUAAACGACAGCUGGGAAAAGCAGGAUGUCUAGAUGAUGUUUUAUGAAAGACUGAAUGGUGCCACUUGCACCAAUACAAGUCCUAUAGAUAAUUGUAGCGGCAAUAGCAGUUUCUGUUGGACAACAGAACAGCUAUAACAUCAAUGUAAAGAUCUGAAAGCACUGAAAUAGCAGUUUUGUGAGAGAAGAAUGCUUUCCUGUGCAUGAUUCUGGCUACAACAACUUAACACAUUAGCAUUGCUUUCUUGUGCAGAAUAAAAGUUAGCUUGGGUGUCCCUCUCUGUAAGUAUGGUGCUGUUGUGGGAGAUGGGAUUAUUUCCGAUGUUGUAAAAUCAUGCCCAAAGUCUGGAGACUGGGGACGUCUGUUCAGGGGCUGUUAGUGUCCUCUGAAAAAGCUUUUUUUCCCCCAUUUAGAACUCGAGGGAACCUGUAAUUGAGGUUACAUGUUUUCCUACUUAAGAUUUAGUGUGUGUGUUUAUAAUUUUAAACUGUUAUUGUCCUGCCUCUAUCGUUCAUGGUAAUUAGCGCACUAUUUAAUUCCAUGAUUUGAUUGGGGCAUUAUAUCCUGAAAUUUUCAGUGCCUAACAUUCCUGUUUUUCUUUCCUGUUUAACUUGUGCACAAUCAAAUUUGUCUGGGAGCUGUCGUCACCCCCCCCCCCCCCCCCAUGAGAGUCGCUGCUAUGUUGAUAGUGUGUGUGAAAGAGUUAAUAUGCAAAGAGUUUUGCAGUGAGGAAAAAGUCAUACUCCUCUGUGAUAUGAAGCCAUAUGUCACCCACAAGCACGUUCCACAGUCCACGCAGAGUGUAGCCAGGAUGUCCCACUGAACAGGCUUCAGCGCUCAGCUACAAUUCUGGAGAAACCUGUUGAAGUGUCAUCUUCUUAUUGUCCUUGUUGGAAACUGGCAGAGAGACCAGAUUCAGGUUUGUUUUAGCAGAUGCACUGUGUUACAAAAGUUAUCUAAGAUGUCUCAACCAUAGUUCUGGAGUGCUCCAUAGUUACAUGUCAAGAAAAUCCCCCCCGAAAAAAAAAAAAAAAAAAGGUUAGUGAGAUGACAUGCAAACAUACUGUUUAAAAAUUAGGCACGAGGUAGAACUUCUAUUCACACAGUGGCACCUUAUAAUCAUCUUUUAUGAUGCAAAGGCUGAAUAUUUUAUGCAAUGUAAAUGCCACCUUUUAAGGUUCCGCAUGCAGAUUUGUUAGUAUGUGUACUUAUGUUUUUCAUGCGCUUUGUAUGAAAUGAAUGAACUUUUCUAGUGUGCCAUUUUGUGCUUAAGAAACAAGGCUGUCCCAAGGCCUCAAGCCUUCAGUUGGUUAGCACAAGGAUAUGAUGGGCAAAUGGAUGGUAGAACAGGCCCAUUCUAAUUAUAAAGCUGUCUUUCUGGAGGGACAGUAACUAAAGAGGAUCUUUAGUCUGUCGUUGUAGUUGGUUAUCCUAAAGAAGUCUUUACUGGUAACAGGAAGGCGAUAUUGUUUUGAAUAGAUCUCAUUGGCCUUAGGAACUCGUGUAGAACAGUUCCAAUAGAUGUUUUCUAAGACUCAAGCAUUUCUCAUUUGUCGCAAAGAUGUGACAGUGAACCACUAAUCACUGUCUUGAUGAAUAUUAUCACCUUGUUAUGGAAGAAAUUGUUUUGUAAUUGUAGGAUUGUUUUUAAUUAGGAUUCAUUGUUGAGAUUAAUUUAUAGACCGUUAAGGUAAUACAAUGUUGUUUAUUCAUCCUUGAAGAAAUUUUAUUUUGAAUCCCCCCCAUAAUUCUUCUCAAGAUAUGUGUUUUUGGAAGACAGGAAUUGUCUAUCAUUAUAGGUUCUCAAUAAGAUUUUAUUAGUCAAUGGAUCCUUACAACUGAGAUGAACAUGGCCUUUGCUUUAUUUUACUUUAUUUGGGCUGGAAUGAAUUGAUCUCUGUUCACAAGGGUAGGAACCUGUUCUUAAACCGAUGAUUACCUGAAGCUUUUUGCAGUUGCUAGAGAUGCGCUUUUUAUUACCUGUUAAGUUCCUUCAAGGGAAUUUUUGGUAAAGUGAUAUGACAGUCAUUUCAUAAUACUGUGGAAAGGUAGAUUUAAUAUUCUGUCUAUAUUGAUGGCUGUGGUGCCUAUGGACUAUAUUGAUUCUGGAGUUCAGUGAGUUUUCUGUGUUAUAAAAGCCAGUAUGAUCUAUAUUCUCUUACUGGGCUUUUCAGUCCAAGUGUGACUAAAAAUAGAUAAUUGUAUGUGUUACGGAAGUUCAGUGUAAGGUAGUUAUUACAGAUAGGCAUGAAUUACAAAUGUUUAGGUAUUAGAAAGCGGCUAAUAAGUGAAGUUGAAGAUUUUGGUUUGUCACAAAGACAGAAAGAACUGUAGGGCAUGGAACAAGUCCUGGGAGAAGAACAUUGUCAACAAGCCAUCUGACAGUUUAUAAUUUUCAACACAUAAUGGGACACCUUGAGAACAGUCACUGAAAACACGCACACACAUACACACACACACACACACACACACACACACACACACACACACACACAUAUAUAUAUAUAUAUAUAUAUAAUUGUGCAAUUGUGGUUAUCCUACCAUCUCUGACCUCAGGCUUAUUAAAAGUUUGAAAUUCCUUAUCUUGAUUAACUUGAUUACUAAAGAUUUAUUUUGAUUCCACCUGUAUUAUCACACCUGUCACAGUCGGAUCUAUUGGCAGUUUGAGCACAAAUGAAUGUAUGAAGUACAGCAUGUAAGUCUCUUGGGCUGAGUAUUCUGCCUUUACUGAGAGCACGUUGUAGAAUGACUGUUUGACAUGGUUGUCUUCCAAAACCCCCCCCCUCCUUUUCUGUGUCACACAAGGCCUCUCUAGCUCAAAGGUUGGAGAAACCCAUCUGGAGACUAGGUUUGCCUCUGAUUUUAUGAAAGUGCCCUAUACUGUAUGUUGGUCAGAUAUUUGAGCAUGUAAGGUCCACUCAGAAUUGCUUGCAGUAUAACAGCAUUUUCCUCCCACAGGAACCGUGACAGACACCAGGGUGGGCUGAGAGUCCUAUGCAUGAUUUUUCCUCUAGAAGUUUUUGUAUAUACUGUAAUGGUUCCGCCAAAGUUCUAAACUAGAAAAUGGGGAAAUAACCUUGUAGAUUGACCUCAUGCAUUUGUCCUACAAAAGGGAUCUGUACCAACAUCACAUGACAGCACAAAAAAUGCACGACACCGAUUAUAGUUAAAUGACUGGCAUUCAGAAUGGUUUGUUGGCCAAUUACAAUUUGACAGAUGCAGGGGAUAAUAUUAAUCCCAUAUUUAUUUUGCCUCUUUGCAGAUUCUGCACUUUCGGGGGCAUCAGAAUACAGCUUUAGCUAUUACUAAAUGUGUAACAACCACUAUCAGUUUAACCUUCUGUUCAGUUCAGCUUAUAAAAGCAUUGCUUUUAAGACCGAAUACUGUAAUGCAUUGUGUAUAAAAUAAUAAUGUUACCUGUUCCCUGAAAUUAAGUUGAAACUCACACCAAUUGGUUUAUAUUCUCAUGCAUUCUCCAUUGUGUGAUUGUGCAAUAUUAUAAGAAUCAAGAACUGAGAAUAUAUUGUUUUAAAUCAGUAUGAUAUUACUGUUUGUGGAAUUAUUAAUACAUUGUAACAAUUGUAAGUUUGAAAUAAUGGAAAAAAAUAUAAUGCACUUUAAAUGUUGUACAGGUUGGAACCUAAAGUAACAAAGCAUACUAAACUGGAUUUGGUCUUUUUUUUAUUUAUUUUUUUAAAUCUUUUUUUUUGUUUGGUUAGUUGUUGAGGUUGUGUUGAGAUCGUAAUAAAGUCCACACCAAGUUUA